AAAAAUUUAGGUCCGGAGUUUCGAAGCCGAUUCUCGUGGACGAGUGCCCGACCGGGGGAAAGUACCAGGGGCGGAGCUGGAGGGUGUUCGCGCGACUUCUGGCCGUAGGGCAACUGCUGAGGGCACCAGGAAAACGCAACGGAGAAUAAUCGACGAUAAGGUCGCAUCAGGUCGCAAAACAUCGCAACGGCCGCCGAGCUGGCAGCUGAUUGGUCGCCAUUCGGAUCAGCGUCUUCGUCGGGAAGAAAAUUCCUAUGCGGACGUACGCGCAAUAAGUGGAACAUUUUGCGCUCACGUCAAAAGUCGCCUUCCCGCACUGUAUACCGUACCUACAUACCUACAUUCUACAUUGGUGCACUGCGCGCCGUAAACGUAGCGAUGCUCGGAGCGUUGCACAGGCACUGGUAUGUGUUGUCCUUCGUUACGAGCGUCAGAGAAGCCCGAAUGUGCGAGAAGUGCUGUGCGCGGGUCUGCGAGUGAUUCAACGUGGUUACUCCGGGCUGGGAUUUCUACGCAGCGCAACCAUGAACACUACAAUGAGCACCGUGAGUAGCGGCGGCGACAAGCGUCUGCCGGAGACGACUGUGCAGACCGUGGCGCAGAACUUAACUACAAUGCAACAGAAUGUACAGAGUGUGCAGAGCACCCUGCAGAACACUCUGCAGAGCGUGCAGAGCGUGGUGCAGAGUACUAUACAAAGCAUCCAGCCGACCCAGACUAUUGUUGGAUCGGUGGGGAGUGUGGGGACACCCGGCGGUCUGGUGGGCAAGUCAGUGUCGCUGGACAUGAAUCCCAAUCCCAAGCUGUCCUUAAUGAAGCCUGUGGUGCCGUCCGGUGCCACCUCGUCAGCAGAAACCAGUAAAAUAACGACAACGUUAUGUUCUUUAGGACCUACAGUAAAAAUAAUAUCACCAGAAAUGUUAACUACCGUGGAGAGGCAAAACCCACCGCAAGCACAAAUUUCGUCACAUCCCGUCAGUAUGCCAGCCACGUACCACGUACCGCGAGGACCUGCCGCGGUUGCUAAUAUUGCCGCACCCAGAUCAUCAACAGUCGCGACUCCUAUCAUCAGGACGAAUACAGGACAGAUUGUGCCUACUACUAGACCAGG